AUGUCGGUCCCGAAACCCCAGACCCACCCGCUCCCAGCUCGCCCGUCGUCCCGCGCCAAGCAGGCCGCCGCCGCCGCCGCCGCUGCAGCCGCUGCCGCCACAGCGACUGCCGCCGCGUCGUCGUCGUCCGCCUCGGGCUCGGGUUCGGGCUCGGCCUCGACCUCGGCAUCGACCUCGAGCGCAGCUGCGGCCGCCGCCGCUGCCGCCGCCCUCGCGUCGCCGUCGACCUCGGCGCCGCAGACGCCGUCCGUCGAGCUCAAGGAGGACGAGGCGUUCGAGCACGACCUCGCGCCGCCGGACGAGCCUGUCGCGUCGACGUCGCGCUCGCCGUCGCCCCGCUCGGCCUCGCCGCCGCCCGUGCCCUUGCCCGUCGCGCCCACGCCGUUCGACCCGUUCGCCGCGCUCUCGGCCCAGUACGCCAACGGCGGGUUCGGCGCGCCGGCAUUCGACGUGCCGUCGUUCCCGUCGUUCCCCGACCUCGAGUUUGGCGGCGAGAGCGCCUUCAGCUUCAACCUCGACGUCAAGGGCAAGGGGCGCGCAGCGCCGCCGGCGCAGCAGGCCGACGAGCCGACGCCGUUCCGCGACUUUGGCAACCUCGCCCAGCCGGCAGAGACGCCCUCGUCGGCGUCGGCUUCGGCCUCGUCGUACAUGGGCUCGUUCGACCCGUUCGCCGAGCACGCCUUCUCGGGCUCGUCGGCCGACUUGCGCUCCGAGUCGCCGUCGCCGCCCUCGACCGCCGAGGACCUGUCGCGGCGCAGCUCGCGCUUCGGGUUCGCGCGCCGCUCGUCGUCGUCGGCCGGACCGAGCCUGUCGCUCGCCGCCCUGCGCGACGGAAUGGCCAACGGCCUGACGUCGCCCGCCGCGCCGUUCGCGCCGCCCGGCAUCGGCCUCCCGCCGCGCGCCGGCAGCUACAACGGCGCCGCGCCGCCCGACUGGGCUGCGAGCGGCGGCACGCCCGCCAUGGCGCCCGCGUUCCCGCCGGGCGUCCUGCGCUCGCUCGCGUCGCCGAGCGUGUCGGCCUCGUCGUCGCCCCAGCUGUCGCCGCGCGCGCGCGCGACGCUCCCGCACGGCUACGCCCCGCCGCCGCCGGGCCUCGGCGGCAUCAACGGCGUCGCCAACUCGGCCUUGCCGCCGCCGCCUGGGCUCAUGCAGGGCCGCGGCGCGCCCAUCCCUGCCGCGUCGUUCCCGCUGCCGCCGCCGGCGCCUCGUGCCGGCGGCGCGUCGUCGAGCAGCAGCACGGUCGCCAAGGAGGACCUGCUCGCGCUCAUCGCGGCGGCGCAGGCGAGCGCGCCCAAGCAGCACCAGCAGCACCAGCAGCAGCAUCAGCAGCCGAUGCAGGCGCCGAGCCAGGAGCCGCACCCGUUCUUCUCGGACCCGGCCAUCCUCAACGCGCGCCUCGCGUCGGCGCCGGCCAACGCGCCGCUGCCGCCGCCGCCGUCGAUGGGCCAGCCGUACGGCCAGCAGCAGCAGCAGUCGCCGUUCCCGCCCGGCAUGAGGCUGCCGUUCGACCUUCAGCAGCAGCAGCAGGCGCACCAGCAGCAACAGCAGCAGCAGCAGCAGCAGCAGCAGCAGCAGCACCCGGGCAUGUACCGGCAGAUGGGCGGCCAGCACGGCCGGGUCUAGCUCGACCGGUCCCCUCCCUCCCUCCUCGCCUUGUCCUCUCUCGCGGUCCCCUUUCUUCUCCCUUUCUCCUCCCCUUCCUCCAGUCCAGCUCCCUCCCCUCCCCCUUUCCCAUCCCCUUGACGCCCUCGAGGACGCCUCGUGCUCGCCGUGGCGGCGGCACGCUCGAGCAACUCUUCCCUGGCUCCCCCUCUCCUCUCCCACUCCAGCUCUGCCUACCCCCUCCCAUCCUCGAGCGAUCAUAGCCGUUCGCCCUUGCCCUGCAAAGAACCCGUUUCCCUCCCUUC